CAACGGAUCCUCAACAUCAACAAACAAACCAUUCAAGAUACCUUGACAUCCUUCAAAAUGAACAAAGACUCAUCGUUCACGUUCGUCCACAUGCACCGCUCCCGCGACGCAGACCUCUUCGAGGACUUCUGCAAGGACAAGCUCCCCGAUGACGAGAUCUACGUUCCACCUGUUCACCAGCCCAUCAACCCGGAAGACGAAGACGAUGUCGUGCCUGAUCAACAUGCUGCUUUUGGAAUUCAGCGCGCUACGCAAAAGUCAAAGGAGCCUGCUUGGAAGGACUUGGGGCUUUCGGAGCUCAUGAACAAGGGUCCUAGUAUUGGAACUGGUGGAAAGCCCAAGGGCUCUGGAAGUGCUCUGCCACGAUGAGGCCGUGUGCACAUUGUUGUUGUUUUGAGCAAGGCGUUGGGCGUAGCAUGAAUAUAGAGAAGCAGCAUGGCAGAAUGGUUCAAGAUUAAAUCAGGCAUGAUAUCACAUCGCCAAAGACACAAUUCGUCUCUAUCAAACCCAGCCCAUCAUAAAAACUCCAAAACUCCAUCCUCACCACUUAAUUCUUCCCCAAGAAUCCCUCCCUCUCCAAGACCUCCGGUCUAAACUUGACAAGAAAGACCGUCUUGCCAGGCCACAUAUCACCCUCCGCAACCGUAUGCGCCGUAACUCUUGCCGGGAAAUCAGCUCCAUCGCAGACACCUUCAACAAUACCGGCUACGUACGCAGCGCAGUUAAGCUGACUCAUUUCUUUGGGUACGCUGAUGUAUUGGUUGACAAGGGGCUCGUUGUCGAUGAUCAUAUAUUCAUCUGGUGUUUCGGGGUUGGCGGAUUUCUCGAGUCGGUCUGCUUGACGACCAAAGAGGUGCUGCCAGAUAUUUUGCUUUAUGAAGUGGAGGAGGGCAAUUAUGCUUAGUGGUCGAGUCUGUGUACGCGCUGGUUCGCGAAAGAGGAGAAGAUCGAGGAGCUUGAGACCGAUAGAGUGGCCUUGAAGAUUAAGUCUGCGCAUAAUCAGCUUCUGCGCCUGAAAACAGGGAGGAUUGAACGUACCGCUGUUCAAGCUCCUGAAUGCCCUUGACCCUUCUCUGCGCAUACGUCACCAUCUCGCCAAACAGAUACGCAAAGCUCGCCUGGCUCAGCUCAGCCGUCUUGGUCCUAUUCAAUGGGCGACUGUAGAUAUUCUUUCCAUUGCUGGGGUAUCGCAGGCCAGGGUCUUUGUUGCCGCUUGGUGUAGGCGUUGGCGCCACGGUGUUGGGGGGUUGGAGGUUGCUCAUGAUGGGCUGUGAGACUGUCGCUGGAGCAUUUCGCAGCUUCAGAAUUACUUUGGCAGGAUUCGUAUAAGCUCGUAGGCGGGAGAAAUCUAGCGUGGUUGUCGUGCUUCGAGGUUCGUUGUCGCACGUGUAAACGUGG